UGUAGAGAGCCAUGUAGGAUAUAUACCCUAAGAUUCUGGUAUGAGCAGUGCCUCAGUCUACACUGCUGUUUUUACCUGUGCUGGAGGGGCAUGCAUCAUAGUGCUGCAGGGAUAAUGCAAUGUAGACGUACUAUGCAAGAUGACUCUGCAGUAGCACAGUGCCUUGAGAAUCUCUGCUGAUUCUUUGCUUAGAUAUCAGCACAGAACCAAAUCUCCAAAACCAUUUCCAGCAGCAGCCAAAGUCUCCCUCGCAGCCGUCCCUCCUGAGAACUGACAAGACACGUCCCUUGUUUUGAGUAUUCCAGUGAGACUAUAGCUGCAGGAUGGUUAUCAAGACGAGCUUCUCAAUAGUAUCAAAUCCAUAUUGUGACCCUCAACAAUCUAAAGACUACUUAAGAGUCUGGCAUGCACAGGGAAAAGGGACUGCGCACAUAUCAGAGAGGGAUGUUAAUUUCCCCUUUUCUAAUCAAUGUAAAAAUUGAAAAUUAACUCUCCCUUUAACUGAGGUGGGUGGGUCACGUAGGUAUGGGCAGCAGCUGGACAUGUGCAUUGAUUGCUGUUUGCAACCUUUGGGACAGGCUUCAUCAGACUUGAUUCCAAACCAGACAGAGCUAAGAGGAGCAGCGACUUGCCCUACUUCUCGUUAGCUGACCGUGUAACCACAAUGUGUGUCUUUGCAAACAGGGUCCAGACCUGGAUGCAGUGACGCAGUGCCCGUCUCCUGUACCGUCUCUCACUGUCCCUGAACGAACUUCAGAACGAGAAACUCAGACGGCUGAGCUUUCUCUGGCUGGUGUGGCAGCAAUCGAAGCUGUGGAGAGGAAGGUGGAUUCUCACGCCACGCGGUUGCUGGAUCUGGAGGGGAGAACAGGAAUGGCGGAGAAGAAAUUAAUAGACUGUGAGAAAACAGCAGUGGAGCUUGGGAACCAGCUGGAGAGUAAAUGUGCCGCGCUGGGGACGCUGAUCCAGGAGUACGGGUUGCUGCAGCGGCGCCUGGAGAACAUGGAGAACCUGCUGAAGAACAGGAACUUCUGGAUCCUGAGACUGCCCCCAGGCACUAAAGGGGAAAUCCCCAAGGUCCCGGUGGCAUUUGAAAACGACUCCGUGUACUUCGCUGAGCAUGAGUGGCAGAACUUAGAGGAGUGGCAGAAGGAACUGUACAAGAACGUGAUGAAGGGGAACUACGAAUCUCUCAUCUCGCUGGACUAUGCGCUCUCCGAACCCGACCUGCUGGCACGGAUUGACCGAGGAGAUGCUCCCUGCGACGGGGCGGAGGGGGACGCGGAGGAGGCAGAGAUCGCUGCUGAGCCCGGCGCAGAGUCGCUGGGAUACACGCUUGACAGGUCCUGCCAGAGGGAAGGCGAGGAAGAGCCCUGCGCCCAGGGACGAGAGAGCUCGCAGGAGAGCGAGAUCGCGGCUCAGCCCCGAAUUGAGCGCCCGUUUCCCCAGCCCAGCGGCGUGGCCCGGGUGAAGCGAGAGGAAGAGCUCUGUGCGGAGGAGCAGGGGGCCGCGGAGGAGGUGGAACUGUUCGCAGAGCCCAGCUCCGACUACGCACGUUCCCAGCCUGGCGUUUUCUCCUGGAUUGUACAAGAGGAGAAGCCGAGUGUGGGGCAGCCAGGCAAUGCGGAGGAGCGAGAACUCCCGCCGGAGCCCGGCCCUGCGGAUUACGAGUUCCUGAUCAAAGCCGAGCAGGAGGAAUGCCCUGCGACCCUGGCCAGAGAGGCUGUUCUGCCGGGUCUCGAGGAGGCUUGGGGCCGGGCAGGAUCCCAGCUGAGGAACCACCCAGGACAGAGGGGAGCAGCUCAGCUUGAGAGAUGUCUCAGCAGCACCAGGCCCGUGGCCAUUCUGCAGAGGAAGUCGGCUGUGGAGCGGCCUAACAAGUGUGCCGAGUGCGGGAAGGGCUUCAGGCUAAGGAAGAGCCUUAUCGUUCACCAGAGGAGUCAUGCCAGGGCAGGCCCCUGUGCAAAGAGCCUCGGCCACAAGCCGCACUCCCUGCUGCACCCCAGAGCCCCCGCGGGAGAGGGAGCCGGCAGCUUUCCUGCCGAGCAGCAAGGCCUAGCCCAGAUGCUCAGUCUCCCGUGGGAGCCGGCCAGCGGCAGGUGUCCGAGCAUGGAGUGCAGCAGCAGCUUCCGUCCCAGCCUUGGCGCCCUGCACCCGCCAGCCGGCGAGAGGCUGUACGUGUGCACCGAGUGCAAGCGGAGCUUCCGGCUGCACAUCAACCUGGUCCUCCACCAGCGGACCCACGCGGAGAAGGGCCCCGGGUCCCUGAACUGUCCCUACUGCAAGAAAAGCUUCAGCCGCUCCUCCCACCUCAUCCGCCACCAGAUGAGCCACACGGGCGAGAGGCCCUAUAAAUGCCCCGAGUGUGAAAAAAGCUUCACGGAUAAAUCCAAGCUCACCAACCACUACCGGAUCCACACCGGGGAGCGGCCCUACCGCUGCACCGAGUGCGGCAAGAGCUUCAGCCGCACACACCAUCUCCUCAAGCACCAGCAGAUCCACACAGGCGAGAAGCCCUACCCCUGCCCCCACUGCCCGAAGCGCUUCUCCCAGAAACACCACCUGCUGGGGCACCAGCGCAUCCACACAGGGGAGCGCCCCUACCAGUGCACGCAGUGCGUCAAGAACUUCACGCGCAAGCAGCACCUCCGCGAGCAUUGGCGGGGGGACCCCCGAGAGCCCCCAAGCAUGCCUGACGCGUUCCACGCCAGCGGCCUCUGAGGCGUCGCCGGGGAGAGCGGGGGGCGGCCGUAGGCCCCGGUGUUCAGAGCAGGUGGCUCCGCGGGAAAUGGGCCGGCAGUGGCGGGACACAGAUCGUCCGGCGUCUCUACAGUGACAGCGUCACGCCGGCUGGAAAAGGAGCCAAUGAAGAAGGAAGGAAAGCCAGGUGCUGCGGAGAGCUAUAGGCCCGGGCUAGCAAGGUUGGCCCCUUCACCUGUGAGACGGUCCUUAGAGUGCUGUAACUUUUAUAAAGCUUUCCUUUGGAACCCCGAUAGCAUGCCGAGAGAGGAAUUUAUUUGGGGAUUUCGGAUUGGUGGGUUUUUUAAGGUUCUAUUAUUUUCUACUGCAGGUGUAGGAGUCCGUUAAUGCUCUGUGGAAAUGCGACCCUUGCUGGGGUGGAGCACUUUCCUGGCAUAAACUGCAGACAAAGGCCCGGACUCUGGAAUGAACGUCCAGCGGAGCUAAAGACCCUUACACACCUUCCCACCCACCGCUUUAAAGGCUUGUGUACCUCAUGCUGCAGCCAGCCUGAGUUUUCUGUGGAUCAGUGGCCCCUGGCCCAAAGAGGUUCCCCAGCCUGUCCUAAACUUGUCCUUUUCCAACCCCAUGAGGUGUGUGUGUAUCAGAAUCCCAGCCCGGGCCCCAUGCUGCUCCUGCAGAGGAGGGGACAGACCUGUUGGAUGUGGGGCAGGCUGUGGGAUGGCCUGCCGGGCGGG